AUGCUGAAGUUUGUUCCUUCAAUGAGUUCCUUCAGUUGGGUAUUGCUAGCUUUCCUCUUCUGUUUAUCUUUGAGUACUGAAACCCUAAGCCAAGCGUGCCAUCCAGUUGAUCUGUUAGCUCUGAAGGAAUUUGCUGGAAGGUUCACAAAUGGGUCUAUACUUUCAUCUUGGUCCAGUGAUUCCAAAUGCUGUAAUUGGGAUGGUGUUAUUUGUGAAAAUGAUGCCAAAAAUCUGUCAAAAAUCCCAAGCAGAGUGACCAUGCUGAGCUUAUCUGCAAAAGGUCUAAGGGGAGUGAUUUCAAAUUCUCUGUCUCAUUUACAGAAAUUGAGGUAUCUUGAUCUUUCCUUUAACCACUUGGAAGGAGAAUUGCCCAAAAAUCUCUCCAAUUUGAAGAAUCUUGAAGUUCUUAAUGUGUCAAGCAACUCUUUAAAUGGGAACAUGUUGGAUAUUGGGGGAUUCCCUAAUCUCAUUGUGUUCAAUGUGAGCAACAAUUCCUUUUCUGGUGAACUUUAUCCACAAGUUUGUGCAUCCUCGAUGAACCUUCGAGUUCUUGAUCUAUCAAUGAAUCAUUUCACUGGCAAUCUUGAAGGGUUAAGGAACUGUGGCAAAUCUCUUCAUGAACUGCAUCUGGAUUCGAAUUCGCUUUCAGGCGUUCUCCCGGAGUUUGUGUACUCAAUGUCAUCCCUGAAAUGGCUAUCGCUUUCUUCGAACAACUUCUCCGGGCAACUAAGCACGAAACUUGGUAAGCUCUCCAACCUCGAAUCCUUGGUUGUAUUUGAGAAUCGGUUUGUAGGUCCACUUCCAAAUGUAUUCGAUAACUUAACACAUAUAGAACAGAUUAUUGCACAUACGAAUUCAUUCUCAGGGCGAUUUCCUUCCACCAUAGAAGCAUGCUCUAACUUACGGAUUCUUGAUCUCCGUAACAAUUCACUGUCGGGUUCCCUAAGUGCUGAUUUCUCCAAAUUGCGUAAUCUAUGCACCCUUGAUCUUGCUAGUAACCAUUUUAAGGGUCUGUUGCCGAACUCACUUUCUAAUUGUCAUGAACUGAGAAUCUUGAAUCUUGCCAAGAACAAAUUGUAUGGAGAAAUCCCGAUUAGCUACAUGAACCUUUCAAACCUUUCGUUUCUUUCAUUCUCAAACAAUGGCUUCACCAACUUACCUCUGGCUUUAUCUGUUCUACAUAACUGCAAGAAUCUCACCACUCUUAUUCUCACUAAAAACUUUCACGGGGAAGAACUUCCAGUUGAUGUGAGCGGGUUUGAACGGUUAAUGGUUCUUGCAAUCGCAAAUUGUGCCCUCAAAGGCCAAAUCCCAGCUUGGUUACUCGGCUGUCCUAAACUAGAAGUUCUCGAUUUAUCUUGGAACCGUUUGGAUGGAGUUAUCCCUUCUUGGAUUGGUCAGUUGGAGAGGCUGUUUUACUUGGAUUUCUCCAAUAAUUCGCUCAGUGGGGAACUCCCCAAGAGUUUAACAGACUUGAAGAGCCUCGUUUCUUCAAACAUCAGUUCUUCGAUUCUUAGCUCAUCUACUGGCAUUCCGCUGUACGUUAAGAGAAAUCUAAGUGCUAGAGGUCUUCAGUACAAUCAAGUUGCAAGCUUUCCGCCGUCGAUAUGCCUCAGCCACAACAAAAUAACCGGAACGAUCUUACCAGAUUUUGGGAAAUUAAGACAGCUUCAUUUGUUGGAUUUGAGCAAGAACAACUUGAGUGGGAUCAUCCCUAACUCCAUUUCUGAAAUGGGAAAUUUGGAAGUUUUGGAUUUGUCAUCAAACAAUCUUCAUGGAUCGAUCCCGGCUUCAUUAAACAAGCUCACUUUUCUUUCCAUGUUUUCUGUAGCAAAUAAUCACUUGCAGGGUGCUAUUCCUUCAGGAACUCAGUUCUCGGGCUUUCCGAGCUCAAGUUUUGAAGGUAAUCCUGGACUUUGUGGGAAAAUCCUUUCUCCUUGCAGUGUUAACGGUCGUCGUCCAUCUCUUCAAUCGAAUUCAGAUAGAAAAUUGGGACGAAAUGAUGUAUUUGGAAUCACACUCGGCAUAGGAGCUGGAAUUGCGAUUUUGUUAGCAUGCAUUCUUCUUAAAAUGUCAAGAAGGAAACAUGGGGAUUUAGGGGAUUUGGAGGAGGAGGAUAACAGCAGGACGAAUGGAUUUUCCGGCGGGUUUGCCGCAUCAAAGCUCGUUCUUUUCCAGAGCUCCGGUUACAGGGACCUCACAGUUUUAGACGUAGUGGAAGCAACGAACAAUUUCAGUCAAUCCAACAUAAUAGGAUGUGGAGGGUUUGGACUCGUUUAUAGAGCCGAGCUUCCUAAUGGUUCAAAAGCCGCAAUCAAGAGACUUUCUGGCGAUUGUGGGCAAAUGGAACGCGAAUUUCAAGCCGAAGUCGAAGCCCUCUCGAGAGCUCAGCACAAGAACCUCGUUUCCCUAAAAGGGUAUUGCAAACACGGCAACGAUCGGCUUUUAAUCUACUCGUACAUGGAAAACGGAAGUUUGGAUUAUUGGUUACACGAAAGGGUCGAUGACGAACCGCCACUAAAAUGGCGAACGAGAUUAAAGAUUGCAAAAGGCGCCGCACACGGAUUAGCGUACCUCCACAACGAGCCAAACAUAAUCCACCGCGACAUCAAAACAAGUAACAUUCUGUUGGAUGAGCGAUUCAAGGCUCAUCUAGCCGAUUUCGGGCUAGCAAGAUUGCUAUGCCCGUACGAUACCCAUGUAACAACGGACUUGGUGGGCACAUUGGGGUACAUCCCGCCUGAAUACGGUCAGACACUUUCCGCAACUUUUAAGGGUGAUGUUUACAGUUUUGGAGUCGUUGUUCUUGAACUCAUCACCAGCAGACGGCCGGUGGAAGUCGUGAAGGGAAAGAACUGCCGGGAUCUGGUGUCGUGGGUGUUUCAGAUGAAACUUGAAGGGAGAUAUGCAGAGAUUUUCGAUAUAUCGAUAUGGGAAAAGAGUUGUGAGAAGGAAUUGCUGGAAGUUUUGGGGAUUGCUUGCAAAUGUUUAGAUCAAGAUCCAAGGAGGAGGCCAUCAAUAGAAGAGGUGGUUUUAUGGCUGGAUGGGGUUGCAGAGGCUGUGCAGUAACCAUAGGGGAAGUUUCUUGGUGCUUAAUAGAGGUGAAAAUGGUGUUGAAAUGUAAAGUAAUAACCUUGUAGAAGUAGUUGAUGUUGUAUGAGGUUAAAUUAUAGGUUUUUAGAGUGGGUUUAUUUGAAUGUAAUAUAGAGCCUAAAAAGGUCUACUUGUUGCUGUGUAUACAUGGUCAAAACUUAGCAUC